AUGCUUCAUACUUCAAGAGGCUCAUUUACAGAUUCAAGAGCUCAUAUUCGUGUGAAGCGAUGUAUAAGUAUCAAUGAUUUCUCCCACGAAAGAUUACAAAAAAGCCAUCCUUUAAAUUACCUGUGUAACUCAGAUAUUACAUUGGCAACCCCAACUCCAUUCUGUCAUCCUCUACUUCCUUCAACUUUUAAUACUAUGAUUUGUGAAGACGAUAACGAUGCUGAAGAUGAAGAUGAAAGUGAUAGCUUUUGCUCUUCAAGUACACUUCUUGAUUCACCUUCACCAUCAUCUUCCUUGGUUGAUGUGGAUGACUAUCUUAUUAGCCCAUAUAGCCAAAUAAACUACACUCACGAUGAACCCUCAAUACCGAAUCCGUCUAUUACGAAAGAUGUCAGUACUCGUCUUUCAACUCCAUUACCUCCUCACUCCUUGAUGAGCAACAUUGGUGCUGUUCCCUCAUUACCUACUGUUUCCCUUAUCUCCUCAAAUGGAGGCCACCACAUUCAUAAUUCUUUAUCUAGAAAGAAAUCUGAAGAUUGCUUAAACAAAAUGUUGAAGAAAUCCAGGUUUCCUUCUAAGAUUUCUACUUUAUUUGGUACAUUGAAGACUCAAGUAACUAUAUCUUUAAACAGUUAUCUGAGUAUGUUAAAUCCUCGGUCUACUGACGACAAAAGUUUAAUAAUUUCACGAAAUCAGCAUGCUAGGUGCUUUAACCCUUCUGUCUCAGGGAAUGCUAGACCUACAAACAAGUCGCAUUCUUUUCAAGAAAUGGCAACUUUUAACGUUCAAACACCCGAAGACCUGCUUUUGUCCUUUGAGGAAACCAAGGUCCAAUUUAAGCAACGAGAUCUGCGUAUAAAUUCUCAAUUUCUCCGACUCUAUGCUCAUGAUUACAAUCUGAGGGUACUCGGAUUAAUGUACUUAUCAGAUUCCGAUGAGGAUGAAUAUUGUGAUUAUCUUGGGAAUGAGUAUGAAAUUGAUUACUUCAACGACUUAUCCAAUAAGUCUAGACAGAAGCUUUGGAAAAAUGUGAUUCUUCCUCCAAGAAAGGAUAAUCAUCCUGCUUCAACUGUUGAUGGUUCAUGUUAUGUGUUUGUAGGCUACAAGGAAAAUUCCCAUGGAGUUAAGAAAUCUACAUCUUCAAAUAGUUUGAUAAGGUUGAAACUGAAUUAUCUCCCUUGGGGUCAAUCUCAACCAAGCUUAAAACCUGCUGGCGAUUUAAGGUCAGGAAAGGUUUUAUUAAAUGGACAAAGUCCCAAUUCUGGUGUUACUAGAGAACAGUUCACCAUCAAAGGAUGGUGUAACCCAAGGUGGCUCCCACAAGUACUUACUGAGGAGGAUUAA